AUGUCAGCUGCCCAAGAAGUCCUGUCUCUCCCCGAGGUCCUGUCGUUGAUACUGGAGUACCUUGAAUUUGAUCGACCAGCGCUCUACUCUGCGCAUCUGGUCAACUCCAUCUGGGCUCGAUACGCUCGCGACAUACUCUGGCGCAAUGCUCCUCUUUCCUCGUUAGCUACAAUCGAGCAUGCUCGACAGCAGCAAUACGCAAACCUGAUCCGUAUUUCCUUCUCAUGGACACCAGAUUACCCUGCUGAGCUGGACAAGCUGUUUUUUCCAUCACUGGAGCGGUGCCUGUUCGAGGCAGCAAACCUCCUCGACCUCCCAGAUAUGCGUUUGGUUCUACUGCCAUUCUUCAAGUCAUCACCACAGUAUCUCAACAUGUGGCUCAAAGGUGACAUGACUCCGGAGAUCAGACCUCAUUACAGCCGACGCAGUCUUUGGGAAGAUACGCUCGUUCUUCGUCGAGUUCCGGUCGCGAAAAUGUCAGAGCCGGCCUGGUCAGUCGCUCUUCAUGGCGCGAAACUGCGCUCGCUCGUCUGUGGCAGAAACUCCAGCAGCGAAAAAGCUGGUGAAAUCCUGGCACGUAUAGCAUCCCACGAUAUUUGCGAAGAAUUCUUNUUCUGGGCCAUGACCAUAGACCUGGGCGCUGUUGACUACCUGCUUUCUGCAAUCGCCAAAAGACCCCUCUUUCCUUGCUUGAAGCACUUUGGAGCUUUCAUACGCAGAGAUGCAGCGAGGGUCUUGUUCUCAUACCUACCCAGAACGUUGUCGAGUCUUCAGCUUUGUGUCGGAAGUCUCGCAGGACCAUAUUUCGACUUGGUCACCCAGUUCACAUGUCUGGAAUCACUGACAAUCAUUGGCUGCGAAGACAUCCUCGGCAUCUUUUCGAUUCAAUGUCUGGGCAGGCUGCACUCUCUUCGUACUCUGGCCAUUGAGCUACUCCCUCUCAACGAGUCUCACCAAUUUGGCUGGUUAGCAGAUCAAGCAACACAGACAGCCCCUUUCACAGACGCUGGAUUCGAUGCCAUGACUUCUGGAUUACCUUUGUUGCACACGUUGGUGCUCAACAUACCUUGCGAACUCUCAUUGCCUGCUCUGUCAUCACUCGCGACCAACUGCCCUCGCCUGAAUACCUGCAAGCUGUUGACCAAAAUCAAUAUCGAUCGCUGGGGAGCCCAAGAGCAUCCACACUUUCCAGCCCUAGAGGAGCUAAUCUUGACUCAUGGCGAAUAUGGAGACUUAUGGGGUGGCACCUACUACGAAACUAAGUGGUCGAGUCCUCGAAAUUUCGGAAGACCAACAAUGCAUGUGGUGAAAGAGAGUGAUGUUGAUCCUGCUCACCCUGGCAUGAUUCUUCGACACUGCCCCAAUCUCUCUCGGCUGCAUCUGCAUUGCAAGGAUUAUGGUAUGUUUGAGCUUGGACAGAUCAGGGCUCGAGAAGGGAGACAUCGGUGGUGGGGCAAUGUGAUGAGUAGUGCUUUCUAA